AUGGUAAAUGUUUAUGGUAAUUACAUUUCCUCCGAAUCAUGGUCCAGUUUUCAUGCCGAUAGACUAUCAGCACCAAAAUGUGUGGAUAUACCAAAUAAUUUUACAUUAUGUAAAAAUAUGCAGUAUAAUCAAAUGAGAUUUCCAAAUUUUUUUGAACAUGAAACAUUAGGUGAGGUACUUGAACAAUCAGAAUCAUUUGUUCCAUUAGCAAACAUUGAUUGUCAUCCAGAUACAAAGAUGUUUCUUUGCUCAUUAUUUGCUCCAGUAUGCCUUUCUGCUCUUGAUAAACAUAUUCCGCCAUGUCGGUCUCUUUGUCUUGCUGUCCGCCAGGGAUGUGAAAGUAGAAUGAAAAAAUAUGGUUUUGAAUGGCCAGAAAUGUUAAACUGUAAUAAUUAUCCAAUUGAUAAUGAUAUGUGUAUCAAGGCUCUUACUCCAACUAAGCCAAGUACGGUCAUUUCUAAAACAACUUCUAAACCAACAAGUCAAUGUCGAUCAUGUGGACAAAUUUCAACAUUUGAAAAUAUUAUUGAUAAUUACUGCAGAGCAAAUAUAGUGAUCAAAGGGAAAUUAAGUAAAGUUGAUAGGAAUCAUGUUUCUAUUAAUAAAGGAGGAAUACGUAAUUUGAAACAUGAUGAUACUAAGCGUCAUAUUCCAAAAAAUAAAUUAAUUAGACUUAAUGAUCAAAAUGAAAAUGGAGCAUGUACAUGUAAAAUUGAAAAAGGAAAUCAUUUGAUAAUGGCAUCACAACAACAAGAUGGUACAUUAAUUGCUAAACUUAUUAUGCCAUGGAAAAGAGAUGAUCCAGAAUUUAAGAAAACAAUUCGCUCAAUGAAAAAACUCAAUUGUCAAUCAUUGGGACGUGAGAUUAGGCAAUCUGUUUUUAAACGACCUCAUACACGACAACAUUUUUCACGCCAUUAA